ACCGCUUAUUUCCCGCUGUCAGGAUGAGGAGGCGGAGGUCGGCGUUCGGGUCCGUCUCUGCCCGCGGCUGUGGCGGCGCCGGCGGCUCCAGCCUUAGCGGUUCCUCCCUGGGCGGCGGCGGCGGCGGCUCCGUCGACGCCUCCUCCGCCAGCUGAGCCCGCGGGAGCCCGGGUCGCCGCUUCCCCGUCCAUCUCCUCUCCCCGAGGCCCGCCGCCUGGCCAUGGCGCAGCCGGGCCCGGCUUCUCAGCCUGACGUUUCUCUUCAGCAACGGGUAGCAGAAUUGGAAAAAAUUAAUGCAGAAUUUUUACGUGCACAGCAGCAGCUUGAGCAAGAAUUUAAUCAAAAGAGAGCAAAAUUUAAAGAGUUGUAUUUGGCUAAAGAGGAGGAUCUGAAGAGGCAAAGUGCAGUGUUACAAGCUGCACAGGAUGAUUUGGGACACCUUCGAACACAGCUCUGGGAAGCCCAGGCAGAGAUGGAGAAUAUUAAGGCCAUUGCCACAGUCUCUGAGAAUACCAAGCAAGAAGCUAUAGAUGAAGUGAAAAGACAGUGGAGAGAAGAAGUUGCUUCACUUCAGGCUGUUAUGAAAGAAACAGUUCGUGACUAUGAGCACCAGUUCCACCUUAGGCUGGAGCAGGAGCGAACACAGUGGGCACAGUAUCGAGAAUCCGCAGAGAGGGAAAUAGCUGAUUUGAGGAGAAGGCUGUCUGAAGGUCAAGAGGAGGAAAAUUUAGAAAAUGAAAUGAAAAAGGCCCAAGAGGAUGCUGAAAAACUUCGGUCUGUUGUGAUGCCCAUGGAGAAGGAAAUUGCAGCUUUAAAAGAUAAACUGACAGAAGCUGAAGACAAGAUUAAAGAGUUGGAGGCCUCAAAGGUUAAAGAACUGAAUCAUUAUCUGGAAGCUGAGAAAUCUUGUAGGACUGACCUAGAGAUGUACGUAGCUGUUUUGAAUACUCAAAAAUCCGUUCUACAGGAAGAUGCUGAGAAACUGCGGAAAGAAUUGCAUGAAGUUUGCCACCUCUUGGAGCAAGAGCGACAACAACACAACCAGUUAAAACACACGUGGCAGAAGGCCAAUGACCAGUUUCUGGAAUCGCAGCGUUUGCUGAUGAGGGACAUGCAGCGAAUGGAGAUUGUGCUAACUUCAGAACAGCUCCGACAAGUGGAAGAACUGAAAAAAAAAGAUCAGGAGGAAGAUGAACAACAAAGACUUAAUAAGAGAAAGGAUCACAAAAGAGCAGAUAUUGAGGAAGAGGUAAAAAUACCAGUCGUGUGUGCUUUAACUCAUGAAGAAUCUUCAGCCCAGUUAUCAAAUGAAGAGGAGCAUCUAGAUAGCACCCAUGGUUCAGUCCAUUCUUUAGAUGCAGAUUUACUGUUGCCCUCGGGAGAUCCAUUCAGUAAAUCGGACAGUGACAUGUUUAAAGAUGGACUCAGGAGAGCACAGUCUACAGACAGCUUGGGAACCUCAGGCUCACUGCAAUCCAAAGCUUUAGGCUAUAACUACAAAGCAAAAUCUGCUGGAAACUUGGACGAAUCAGAUUUUGGACCGUUGGUCGGAGCAGAUUCGGUGUCUGAGAACUUUGAUACUGCCUCCCUCGGGUCACUGCAAAUGCCAAGUGGAUUUCUGUUAACCAAAGAUCAGGAAAAAGCAAUCAAGGCAAUGACACCAGAACAAGAAGAGACGGCGUCGCUCCUCUCCAGUGUCACCCAGGGUGUGGAAAGUGCUUACGUGUCCCCCAGUGGUUACCGCUUAGUCAGUGAGACAGAGUGGAAUCUCCUGCAGAAAGAGGUACAUAAUGCUGGAAAUAAACUUGGUAGACGUUGUGAUAUGUGUUCCAAUUAUGAAAAACAGUUACAAGGAAUUCAGAUUCAGGAGGCUGAAACAAGAGACCAGGUGAAAAAACUACAGGUGAUGCUAAGGCAAGCAAAUGACCAGUUAGAGAAGACAAUGAAAGAUAAACAGGAACUAGAAGACUUCAUAAAGCAGAGCACUGAAGAUUCAAGUCAUCAGAUUUCUGCACUUGUCCUAAGAGCCCAAGCAUCUGAGAUCUUACUUGAAGAGUUACAGCAGGGGUUUUCCCAAGCAAAGAGGGAUGUUCAGGAACAGAUGGCAGUGCUGAUGCAGUCACGGGAACAGGUUUCAGAAGAGCUGGUGAGGUUACAGAAAGAUAAUGACAGUCUUCAGGGAAAGCAUAGCUUGCAUAUGUCAUUACAGCAAGCAGAAGACUUCAUUCUCCCGGAUACUAUAGAGGCACUCCGGGAGUUGGUACUGAAAUACCGGGAGAACAUCAUUAAUGUGCGGACAGCAGCAGACCACAUGGAAGAGAAGCUGAAGGCCGAGAUCCUUUUCCUAAAAGAGCAGAUUCAAGCAGAACAAUGCUUAAAAGAAAACCUUGAAGAAACCCUGCAGCUGGAAAUAGAAAACUGCAAGGAAGAGAUAGCUUCCAUUUCUAGCUUAAAAGCUGAAUUGGAAAGAAUAAAAGUAGAAAAGGGACAGUUGGAAUCCACAUUAAGAGAGAAGUCUCAACAGCUUGAGAGCCUUCAGGAAAUGAAAAUCACUUUGGAAGAACAGUUAAAGAAAGAGACUGCUGCUAAGGUUACCAUUGAACAACUAAUGUUUGAAGAGAAGAACAAAGCUCAGAGGUUGCAGACAGAACUAGAUGUCAGUGAACAAGUCCAGAGAGAUUUUGUAAAGCUUUCUCAGACCCUUCAGGUGCAGUUAGAGCGGAUCCGGCAAGCAGACUCGUUGGAGAGAGUCCGGGCAAUUCUGAAUGACACCAAACUGACAGACAUUAACCAGCUCCCUGAGACAUGACGCCUCAGAGCAGGACUCUAGUCUGCACUUUGGGUUUUUAACUCAUCUUUAGAGCAACAUUAAUUAUUAUUUAACUCUUAACUGAAGAAGUCACAAUAAGGAAGAUUGGAGAAAUGCUUAUGUCUAGUGGGAGAAGACUGUGCAGCACAGGGACAGCAGUCUUGGUCAUUUGCAGCCGAAAGACCUUUCAAAUAGGAACAGUAAUGAAACUGCAGACUUGAUUCCAGCAGGUGUCGGAUCAAAUUUGGUGAUGGAGAAAGCGCUGUUUCCCGGCCUGCAUUACCCAACAUUUCCCUACCCUAAAGCACCAUCCCAGUAGUGUGUGGAAUUACAUUUCCCGUUCAUAGGUAUUGGAAGAGAAUUUUUUCUGUUGUCUAGAGUUCAUCAGUAAUAGUAUUCAGUUAGCAGACAGGUGUAAUAUGCUGUAUGAAUAUUUUAUAUUAAAAUAUGAAGUUUGAGAGCAGGCCAUUGGCUAGUGACUGUAUUUCGUAGCUCAGUGUUUUUUUUUAACCAUUUUACCUUGCGUUGGAGGACCUUAAAUGCUACUGAAACUUGCCUGAGAACCAUAAGACGGUGGCAAACAAAAUCAAUUCAAGAAAUGAAUUAUGAGAAUUUGAAAACUUGGCUGGGGCUGUAUGUAUUGGAAGUUGAGGUUAAAGGAGAAGCACAAGACACUGUUUGGAAGCACUUUUUCUGCCGCCUGGAUGAAUUUUGUGGGCCCACAGGUACCUGGAUCAAGCUGAACUGGUACCAGCUACUCUUUUGAAAACUGUUUUAGAUAUUGGAUCAGUGGAAAAAUAAUAAUAAAGCAAGCUGUACUGACAACAUCUAGUAUUUAUAAAUUUAUAAGGCUGCUGCUUAUUUUCAGCUCAAAUCAGUGGGCCAGAGUAAUGUUUGUUUUAAAAGUGUCAAAUAUAAAAAUGGUGAUAACUACGUUUGACAGAUAACCUAUUUUGUAUUUUUCUUUUAUAAUUUAGACCUGGAGUGUGAUAAUGCUUGUGAAGUUGGGGAAAACCCAGUUAGUACAUUCAUGAGUUUAGAAAUCUGCUUUGUCAUUUCUGUGAGGUUAGAUUCCUUUCUCACGUGGAGAAAAUGUCAGUGAACAGGCCCCCUUUGCCGUGGCCUGAGGAAGUGGUGCAGAAAGCAGAGUGGAUUCCUGUUUGCUGUUUACCUGCUGCCGCACUAUUAGCCAGUGGAAGGCUAUACUAUUAAUUCAUCACACAGAUGGUUCAAAAGUAAAACUGUUUUCAAAUAAUUUUUGUGAUUGGUAUUAUGUAACAACAGGGUACUUGAAGGGAAUCAAGUGGAUUAAGUAAAUUUGAUUGGCUCACGUAAAGCUACCAAGCUACAGUUUAAAGUGAAUUGUCUGUUCUAAAUGAAGUCGUUAUGGACUAGCCCUAAAGAUCUUUACUUCUGUCUUCCGUGGGACAAGGUAAGGACUACAUACCUCAUUCCUUGGGUUAUUGUUACUGUCUUGCAUUCAUGAUUAUGAAUUUAAAGGUAAAUACUAAUUAUGGAAAUAGUGUUAUCGGCUUGCCAUGCAUGAAACAUUAUUUUAAUUGAUUUCAAGUUCCUUUGUAUAAAGUGCUAUUUGGUUUAAAGGAAACAUACAUCCUCACUGAGUUACAGGGAAUUUUAUUAAUUCCAAAAUGCAAUCAGUUUAGAUUACAUAAAACCAGUCCGUUGGCUAAGCCCCGAGCUAAUUUGUUUCAGAUUACCAAAACUGGCACUGUAAGUCAGGAUGGGUAAUUCAUAACCGUCCUGAACUGAACUACAGCUCCCAGGGAGCUGCUCUCCUGAGACCCUGCAGAUGUUUUUCUCUGUAAGAUGGUCCUGGGCCAAUAAAAUCAUGAUUAGAGAACCGUGGUCUCUACCAUGGCAGAUGCAAACUGUUGGAACCCACUGUGAUGAAAAAAUAUCCUAGAAAAACCCAAAGUGAGACUUGAAGUUUUGUUAACAAUCUACUUCUGGUAUGAAACAGACUAUUUUGACACUAUCCUGGUAGGAAACACUUUAAACUGGGUUUUCUGUAUAAAUGGGAAACUGAUUUAGAAGGUAGGAUUUCGCCUGCCUGGACAAAAGUUCAUGGGUUUCAUGAGUGUUCCUGUGCUUGUAUUCAGUCUGUACACACGUGUUCUCGCUCACGCAUGUCUAACCUGAUUUACCUCCUACCUGUAACCUACCUUACCAUGUGGCUUUUAAUUGGCAGUCAGCCAUUUCUAGGCAGGUACGGUAUUACCUUUCAGAACUCAUAUUGGCAGGUCUAAAAAUAUUGCCUAAAGUUAACUGAGGACAAAACCAUGUACUGCAUACCAAAUUAUUUGUUUCUUUCUCCCUUUGAAGUCCUGCACUUAACCCCAUACUUGCUCAGUAACACAGAUCAGGACCCAGUGCACAGCCAAACUCAGCUCUGAAAGGUAAUACUGCCUGUCGAAGAAGUGAGCCAGCAGUGGCCUUACAACUGUGGAUCCUGGGCUCAGUGCUAAGCAGAUUUCAGAUGUAACCAUUUGUUAACUGUACUGAAGGUGUGUCCUUAAGAAGAAAGUGUUCAAAUUAAAAAAGCUGCUGCCUAGUA